GAUGAACUGAUCUCAACAGUCUAUCACAAUAUAGUAGACGGAUCAUUUUUUUUUUGUAAUUACAUGGACUAUACAUGAUCUGAAUUUAUUUUCUGCUCUCUAAUCACUUUGAUCAAAUCUAUUAAAAAAAAAGUAAAUUAUUGAUAAACACUGAAAUCAAUUAUAACAAUAAUAACCAUAAUAAUAAUUUGCCGUUUAUGAACUUUGUCAGAUCAUGAAGGGGAAUAUAUUUGAACUAGUUUCAAAUUAAAGAUAAAGUGACAAAGUUAGAGAAAGAGAACGGAUCAAGAAUAGACUACAGAAAUCGUUUGAUAAUACGGAAAAAAAAACAGGCAAAGAUUACCUGUAACUUUGGCGCGAAAAGCGAACAUCAGAAAUACAAAUAAUCCAUUCAAAUGUAUAUUGAAUCAUCCGGCGGCGGAGGUUAUGGCAAGAAAUGGAGCAGUCGAAGUCAUACAACAACUGCCUAUUGUACAGAUAAUUCCAGUCAUUGGUCUGGUGUUUCCGUGAAAAACAAAACCCGUAAACCUCUUGUCAAUCAACCCUUAUCAAUAUCAAAUCUACCUCCAUGUAACCCACUACAACAACAACAACAACACCAACAACGCCAAUUUCACCAUCAAGAAGUAACACAAUUACAACAACAACACUCCAACUAUCGAUCAUUGAAUGGUUCAGUGACUCCAAAUGAUCAAUAUUAUCCCCUAUUGAAGCAUGCCACGUCGUUGGGUUGUACAAAGAUUAGUAGUACUCGAGGUGGAGGAGUUGGAGGCAGUGUCGGAGGACAUGAUUGGACAAGUGAUUCACAGUCGAAAUCAAUCUCAGAAAUGCAAACAAUUCAAACCUCUCCAGAUUUAUAUAAUUUACCUCAAAUGAGUCAUUUGAGCACAGGGAAUCCAAUUAUUGCUCCAGCUAGUACAGCUAUUAUCACUACUGCUGUAGUUCCUGCUCUUCCUGUAAUCACACCUACUACAGGUCAAGAUAUUAGUAGUGGUAUUAUCAGUAGUAAUGGUGCUAGUAAUAGUAAUAAUAAUAAUAAUAUUCAUCACAAUAAUGGAUUAUUCUACCAUCACACGACAAAAGAACCACAAAUUCUAUCCAGGGAAAUAGCACAACGCGUCAUAGACAGAUUCAAUCAGCGUGUUCUGUUGAAACACAUGGCCAAGUCGAAACAGUAUUCCUAUUCUCAUGGUAGAUGGCAGUAUACACCACAGUAUCAUUUAUUGGCUGUAUUUCUAAUGAAUAAGGGUAGUGUAGAAGCUUGGUAUGCCUACGCACCGAUGCCUAACAUUUAUACCAGUCAACAAGAGCCUACAGAGCAUACACGUGUUUUAGAGUUGACACAACGACGUCUUCGACUAUUACAGCGGUAUUAUUCCGAAGGGAGACAAUAUGUUGUUCUCUAUGUAAAUAAUAAUCGAUCAGAACAUUAUCUACCUAUUGGUUUAGCCAGUGAUCCAAAUCAGAAAGGCAACUGUAAACACUAUACGAAUAAGAAUCAUUCGCUUUCAACAUGUGAUGAAUUCAUGAAAGAUGGAAAUCGAUUUUUCUGUCGAUUGAUUAAUUCAAUUCUACCGGAUAAUUUAAAAUUGAGCAGUAAUGCUGUUACUACUAACAAAGAAAUGAGUAGUAACAGUAGAAAUACUAAAAACAAUGAUGAUGUAACUGAAGCAUUUGACGAUACAAAAGUAAGUGAACAAACACGAGACCAGAAAAUGAACUAUCCUUCAGAAGAACAACAAUUCAAAGAAACUGAACAGUUAGUUCAGCAAACAGGUAUAACUGUGAGAAAGUCGAAUUUUAUGCAGAAAAUUCUUGGACAAUUAAUCCCUUCAAAUCACAAAAAUAAUGACAAUGAUGCUAACAAUAGUAAAAAUGAUAAAGAGAACUAUACUAAUUGUAUUAAUCAAAAAAUUGAUUUAAAUUGUUAUAAAGCAUGUCUUUCAUAUGAUGGAUGUUUCGUCAAGUCUAGUCCUCAUCAACCUCAGGAUAAUUUCACCGGGAAGAUGGACACUCCAAUAACAACAAUGACAACAGUUACAACAGGGAUUAGUAUUACAGUGACUCCAACUACAUGUGCGAAUGAUCCUAGUGAGUGUUCAUUGUUAUCCCAAUCGAAAAGAGAUGAAGGAUUCAAUAGAAAGCGGUUAAGUAAUAAGAAUCGAAAAUAUGAAGAUAAAGGUGACAAUGAUCAUCCUAGUGUUGAUGGCGGUGAUAAUAGCCAUGUCGAUGAUGAACGGAGGAGUACAGUGAAGACUCAACAGUCAAAUAACAACAAGACGACAUUCUCCGCUAAUAAUCAUGACAGGGGAAAGACUGGACAGACAGAGAAAUUAUCAGAUUCUGAGGAAAUAUGGUUACCAAAAUCGUUUGACCUGUAAGCAUAUCAAUCAACUGAAAUCCCACCAAAAUCUAUGAAAUAUCACCAAAAAUUCUGUCAUGAAGCGAAACAAACAAAAUGAGAGACGAGAAUACAAAAGAAAGUUAAAUCACCACAUGAAAAUGAAGCCCAUCGUGAAUAUGAAAAGGUGAAACCUACGAUUUUAAAAAAAACGAAUCAAACAUAGAAGAAAAUAUGAACUGCAUUCAGGUCAACCUUUUCUAUUGUUCUUGUGUUAAUAAACUAAAUUAUUAUUAUUAUUAUUAUGUCAUUCAGUAUUAGGCAAAAAACAACACAUAUUUAUUUCAAAACUCACAGAUAUAUAUAUACAUUUGUUACAUACUACUUAUUUCCACAGGUAUUUAUUAUAAGUAGUAUUAUUAUUACUACUACUAUUUCUGCUGUUGUUAUUAUUAUUAUUAUUACUCAUUUGAUAGUACUGGUGAUGAAUG